AAUAGUAGUUUUGAUAUGGUGGAUAAUAUCACAAUCUAGAGAGGAUUCUCGUACUUGCAAAUUUUUGGAUUGUUAAAAAAUUCUUCAAUUAAUUAUAAACCGUUGAGUGUGUGGAUCAUUGUUAGUGUAGAGACAGUGAUGACUCUUGGCCCGUUUGAAGAAGGAGCUUAUGUGAUUUGAAAAUGAAAUGCAUGGCUGGUUCUUUUUCUUUAGCCUCAGCUUUUGGGACCACUUUUGAUUUUGUUAUAAUAUAUUCAUAACAUACCAAUCAAUGUUACUAGCUAUUACUAUUAAUUUUUGCACGCCGUGCUAGUAUUGUGUGAUGCAUGCUGCUGUACUUAUGUUAGGACUGAAGACCCUAGAGCUAAUACGGACUUGGAUUGUCCGCAAUCAGACUAAUAUGCAUCGUUUAUGUUGAAUCGGACAGCUCAUAUCAUGUAUAUUUCAAUUUCAAAUUGAUCCUUGCCUUCAAAGUUUACCAAGGAUCAGGAUUGCAACUGUGGUCAAAAGUGACUGCAGGCAAUCCAUAGGCUUUGAUCUCUCCCUUAAUCUUGUGGUCAAGGAUUCGAUCUCAGAGUGAAGAAGGGAUAGAUGUUAGAAAGAUGAUGGGACAUAAAAGGAGCCCCUGCUCUGUUGAUCAAAGCAAUUAUAAUUCUAUUGCAUCUAAAAAGCAAAAGCCUGAUUUGUCGAUCAGCACUAAGGAUAGGAAGGAAAAGAUUGGUGAACGAAUUGUUGCUCUUCAACAGCUUGUUUCACCAUAUGGAAAGACAGAUACAUCUUCUGUUCUAAAGGAGGCGAUGGACUACAUAGGGUUCCUUCAUAAACAAGUUAAGCUGCUUAGUGCUCCUUACCUCGAAACUGCACCAGCAACCCAGUUACAGGAUACAGAGUCAUGCAGCCUGAGGAGUAGAGGGUUAUGUAUUGUUCCUGUCUCGUUUACUAAUGGAGUUGCUGAGGGAAAUGGUGCAGAUAUUUGGGCACCAAUCAAGACCACUUCACCUAAACAUGAGAAAGAUGUCUCGCAAUUUUAGUGAUUAAUUCUGUCAGCUUAGCCGCCUUAAGGUUGCUAAGUCACUAAACCGGUCUAUUAGAAUUAAAAUUUAUCAUAACCUAUUUCAUGGUCCAUCUAUAGAUGGAAUCAUAGUAGGUAAAAUAGUCAUAAGCUUUAAGAGCUCUUCUAUUAAUUAAAAAGCUGCCCCCUGCCUUAAUAAUUUUAAACUGGUGAUGUGGGUAUGCUUUCAAGUACACCAUAUGGAUUCGAUUCUACGAGCUGAUUUCCAAGUGUAUAUUUAAAAAUUCUAGUUAUAUAAUGAAUGAUUCCAUGUACUGAUUAGCUUAAUGAAAUUAAGUUUCCAUGACUUUUUCA